AUGAUUCUGGAUUUGGAUGGAUGCAGAUUGCUGAACCUGUAUACUGAGGCUACUGAUGGUUCUGCCAUCGAAACAAAGGAAAGUGCUUUAGUCUGGCAUUACCGAGAUGCAGAUCCAGGCUUUGGGUUCUCUCAGGCAAAGGAGAUGUUAGAUCAUCUCGAGAGUGUUCUAGCUAAUGAAUCUGUCGCUGUGAAGGGCGGUCAGUUCAUUGUAGAAGUCAAGCCUCAGGGAGCCAGCAAAGGUUUAGUAGCAGAAAAAAUCUUCACAUCAAUGUUUGAGAAUGGGAGACAGGCUGAUUUUGUGCUUUGUAUUGGUAAUGACAGACCUGACGAGGACAUGUUUGAAAUUAUUGGAAAUGCUUUGUCAAGAAAUAUGCUUUCAGCGUAUAUUUCAGUGUUUGCCUGUACAGUGGGACAAAAGCCAAGCAAAGCCAAAUAUUAUUUGGAUGACACAUCUGAAGUGAUAACGAUGCUUGAAUUUCUUGCCAAAGCCACUGAUUCUUCUGCCUCCUCUGAAGAAGAGGCUGAGAGCUCCCUUUGA